AUGGACACGCGCGUCCUUCUCCGCCAGCUCCUGCGCCAUCCGCAUACCUCGCGCACCCUCCUCACCCCAGCCACCCGCCCGCAAUCCCGCACCUUCGCCCUACUCUCUCCACAUCACGCCCAUGCGCGACACCUUACCAUACCAACCAUACUGCGGCCCUCUUUCUGGAAAUCCAUGAUACCGCGCCCCUUGCGAUCCGGCGAGACACUCUCCUCAACCUCGGACGUUCCGCGCCGCGAAUGGAAUCCCGCGACGCCGUAUAUUGUGCUGGCGCUGCUGGUGGGCAGCCAAGCGAUUCAGAUCCUGUGGCUUAAGCAAGAAAAAUCACUGUCGACUCGUCGAGCGGAGGCGAAGAUUGGGCUGCUUCGGGAGGUGGUCGAGAGGGUGCAAAGAGGGGAGGACGUGGAUGUUGAAGGUAUACUGGGGGCGGGCGUGGAGGGAUGGGAGAAGGAGUGGGCUGGGUUGCUGCAGGAGAUUGAGGACGAGGAAUUGUUGUUUCAGAGCUCGUUGGAGAAGAAGAGGAAAAAGAACGCGAAGGCGAAGGAGCAGGAGGUGGGGGCAGGAAAGGAUGGUAGGGCACAAGAGCAGUCGAGGCUGAAGGUUGAAUCUCUUGGUGGAGCGAAAUUCUACUAG